GCAGUUUUUAGGGCUUAAGGCUCAAGCUAUGAAAUCACAACUUGCUAAUGUAAAGCCAGUUUCUGGAAAAAAAUGGACAUAUGCCGCGAAGCUUCGUCUUUUAGAAAUGUGUAUGGACAGACCACUGAUGGCUCUUAUGACAAAUGUAUUAGCAGAUGAUCGAUUAUCAGUCUACUUGUGUGACACAUCAUAUGAUGAGGAUUUCCAUUUAAAUGAUGCAUUGGUAAAAGAAGGGCAUGCUGUUUUUGGUAACAUUAAUGAACCUGACUUACCACCAUCUUUGACUCAGCAGUCUUCUUUGCUUGGAAAUUUCUCUCAGCUUUUGAGCUCCAACCCAUUAUCAUUACUGGGAGGUUUAAACCAAACAUAUGCCAAUUUGCAACUGAUGAACAUGUUAUCAGGAUACAGGCAACCAAUGGGUGAAAUAUCUAAACAGGGCCAGCUUUUGACCCUACAGGGUCUUUCUGGGUCAGGAUUAGACCCAACCAUUUUAUCAAAAUUGAUGGAUGUUUCACCCACCAAACCUUUGUUCUCUCCAUUUUGUUCAAUGACCAUGCCCGUUUCUUCAGAGUUUUCAACUUCUGAGGCAUCAACAACAACUACCACCACAACUGCAGCAUCUGGGUAUGUGAGCUCAACAUCACCACAGGGUGAACCAGGUCAACGUCUUCAAGCAGGAGCUAGUGCCUCUGAGGAGAAUGAGAGUGAAACAUUUGAAGAAGAUGAAGACUUUAUCAAAGAAAUGGAAGAUUUGGAAAUUAACGUGAAAGUCCAUGCACAAAGAAUUCAAUUAAAAGAAGGCUGUGUUAUCAGCUUAAUCAACUUCUGUGGAGAACCCUUCCUGACUUUAGAAGAUAUAGCAUAUUUAAUGUCUUGGAAGUUAAGCCUGUUACAAACUAUGUUGAAGGUGAAAUGUAUAAACGUACCAUUUGUUGACCUCUGCAUCACUGACCAUGAAGAGUUCUUCAAUGAAAUGGAUAGAUUUGGGGUAAGAGGUUUUAGAGAUGGUGACCAUGUCAAAUCCAGCAUUCAGCUUUGUCCUGUAGAAAGUGUUUGUCUGAUACUGGAGUCUCUUCGACAUCCAUCUACAUCUCUUAUACCCAAAAUCAAGAAAUUGCUCAAUGAAUUUGACCCCAAAGACCCUUAUUGGAUGGGUGAGUCAUCUGACCAAAGUCUACAGGGAGAUGAUCUGACUGUUCUUGAUAUUCCGCUACAUGAUUUGAAAUUUACAUUGGAUAUUCUUGAAAAUAAGAGGAAAAAUGUUCUUAGUCAAAUGAUUGAGUUCACUUCCUUUGAUUCAAAUCCUGUGGAUGAACUUCAACUGGUGGAAAAAAAAAUAUCACUUUUAAAGAGACGGAUAUCUGAACUUGAGUCAAUCAAAGGAAAAAUAACAAUAGAGACUGAUGAGGAUUCAGGUAGAAAUGAAGCUGAAAAUAUAUCCUCUACAUGGAAAGAGCACAAAAAACAUAACUCAGGUUUAACAGGCUCAUCCAAAAAGAACACUGUUUCAACUAAGCAAGAAUUAUCAUGGGGAGUUGAUCUGACUUGGACAAAAUAUGAUACAGACAAGAGUGUGUAUAAGUCAAGAAAAUCUUCAGAAUCUGGAAUUAUUGACCAAGAGAAGAAAUGUUCGGACAAUAUGAAUGAUGAAAAUGGAGAUGUUCUGAAAAUGCUUAGAGAAAAACUCAAAGAACUUCAAGAUAGAGAGCUGCAAAAAAAACAGGAGCUUGAUGAAAAGUCAAAGGAAGAAUGCUUAAAUAGAAAUUUUAGUGCUAAAACUGCAGACCUGUUGCCUGUGUCAAAAGUGUCACCUGUUAUGCCUGUGACUCCCAUGGCUGUUACUCAAGCUCAGUCUAAGUUUUUAAAUCAAGUUGGUCCAGCAUAUCCUUCUGCUUCAUUUUUUCCCAUGAUUCAGCAACAGUUUCACCAACUGCCCUACAAUUCACUUCCCAUGCCCCAAAUGCAAGUAUUUCCUUUCGUACACCAAACACCAGUUUACCCAAACCAGAAUGUUCAAUACAGAGGAAUGGUCAGCCAUGUUCCUGCAAAUGUUGGUUUUCAAGGUACAUUUCAAAAUAUUUCAACAGUUCCUGGAAACUUCCCACACCAGAAUUAAAUAAAAAGUUGUGAACUAGAUACUUAUGGCAGUCCAAAUACUUCAUUUCCACUGCACUAUUCAUUGUGGUCUCCUAAAACAUGACUGUAUAAUUGAUUUUAACAUAACUGUUCUUAAUUAGUUCACACAAAUCAUUGUAAUUUCACACCUGUAUAGGGCUAAUGGUGACAAUAAUUGCAAGUAUUAAUAGUAACUUUCAUUUUAUUUUUCAUAUUUUUAUUUAUGAUUUAAGUGAUAACUGAUUCAUUUUCAACUUGGUACUUUCUUUUACAUUAGGAUUUGUUGAAUGAAGGUGUUCAACAUGAUGUGAAUGUUUUGUUGGUAAUUGCAUCGUGUUUAUUAAAACUUUUGUAUCUUUUUGUGUUUCAUAAAAGAAUGAAAGCUUGUAUGUGAAGAUGACUGUAUAAAGAAAUACAUACAUCAACAAAUA